GACAAUCGUAAAGCCGCUCGGGGCUGCUCACCUGCUCCCACCUCCUCCUGGCGCCCUGGCCAGGCCCCGCCACCCCUGACCCCUCCACUGCCCGCCCCUCGCCCAGGCCCGCGCUGGGCAAGGAGCCGAGCGGCCCGAGAGGCGGAGAGAGGAUGCGGCCGGAGGCAGCUGUCCCGAGCAGUGCACGGUGAUCGCCUCCCCCGGAGGAGGAGUUGCCUAGACCAUUGCCGCAUUUCUUGUUUUCCUCCCCCCUCCCCCACUGUAAUUACAUUGGCUGCUGGAGGGGACAGGGAGAGACGGAGGAGGCGCCUCGCAACCCCCCUCGCGCCCGCCACCCCUGCUCUUUCCCGUCCCGGGCCAGGAUGACUGGAGUCUUUGACAGUCUGGUGGCUGAUAUGCACUCGACCCAGAUCACGGCCUCCAGCACGUACCACCAGCAACAGCAGCCCCCCAGCGGCGGCGGCGCUGGCCCCGGCGGCAGCAACGGCAGCAGCCUCCACAAGCCUCAGGAGUCGCCCACACUCCCGGUGUCCACAGCUACCGACAGCAGCUACUACACCAACCAGCAACACCCGGCGGGCGGCGGCGGCGGCGGCGCUGGGGGCUCGCCCUACGCGCACAUGGGUUCCUACCAGUACCACGCCAGCGGCCUCAACAACGUCCCUUAUUCAGCCAAGAGCGGCUACGACCUGGGCUACACCACCGCCUACACCUCCUACGCUCCCUACGGGACCAGUUCGUCCCCGGCCAACAACGAACCUGAAAAAGAGGACCUCGAGCCUGAAAUCCGGAUAGUAAACGGCAAGCCAAAGAAAGUCCGGAAACCCCGAACCAUCUACUCCAGUUUCCAGCUGGCGGCUCUUCAGCGGCGUUUCCAAAAGACCCAGUAUCUGGCACUGCCCGAGCGAGCUGAGCUGGCGGCGUCUCUGGGCCUCACCCAGACUCAGGUCAAAAUCUGGUUCCAGAACCGCCGAUCCAAGUUCAAGAAAAUGUGGAAGAGCGGUGAGAUCCCUUCGGAGCAGCACCCGGGGGCCAGCGCCUCGCCACCUUGUGCUUCGCCGCCGGCCUCGGCGCCGACCUCCUGGGACUUCGGCGCGCCGCAGCGGAUGGGGGGCGGCGGCGGCGGCCCGGGCAGCGGCGGCAGCGGCGCGGGCAGCUCCGGCUCCAGCCCGAGCAGCGCCGCCUCGGCUUUCCUGGGCAACUACCCGUGGUACCACCAGGCCUCGGGCUCCACUUCGCACCUGCAGGCCGCUGCGCCGCUGCUGCACCCGGCGCAGACCCCGCAGCCGCACCACCACCACCACCAGCACCACCACGGCGGCGGGGGCGCCCCGGUGAGCGCAGGGACGAUUUUCUAACUCCCGGAGACUGCGCCAGAGACUGAGAGAGCAGAGACCAGUUAUCCUUACUGCUCGUCCCCAGAGCCAUAGGGUCCCUCCGGCUGGCCAUUUGAUGCCACCCGCCGCUCCCGGAGGUGGCGGCCCAGGAUGGCCUGCCCCAGGCCCUGCUACCCUCGCGGGGCCACCGCGCGACCAGGGACUGGAAGGCGUCUUCUCGCGCCACGGGCUCCUCUCGGAGAAACCCGGCAUCCGCGGGAGAAACCCUGCCACGGCCGCCUUUCCGACCUGAGCCCCGCCUCAGACUUGCCUCCCCUCCCCGCCCCGCCCCGCCCGGCGAGGCAGUCCGGCGCCUUUUUCGCCCCGGGCCGCGAGCAGAGUCCCGGAGAAGGACGCCUGCCCCGCCCGCGAGGCUGCCUGGGCCCUCUGAGGCUCCUUUCUCCUUGCCCGCCCCCAGGCUCAGCUCCUGUCCUCUGGGGUUAUUGACCUCCCGGUCCUGCCGGCCUGCCCUCCCCGCCCCCCGACCCCUUGACCCCGGCGGCCCGCCGCUUUUUUUCUGCCCUGCUGUUUCCAGCCGUUGGAGCCCUCCUCCCUCCCCCGCCUUAGCUCUCCUCGCAGGAACGCUCCCUCAGCUCUCUCCUCAUCCUUCACCAGUGGAGUUUUUUUAUUUUUAUUUUUUUAAAAGUUUAGGUGCCUUUGCGGAUGACCUCAUUUUGAUGUUGGGGAAAAAAUGAUUUUUUUAAUAUGUGAACACUGCAAAAAAAUGUGUUUAAAUUAUCUUUUUUAAAACCUAUUCAGGAUUAUUAGCCUGGACUUCGAUAUAGCGUUUGUAAAUAAAGGUGUCUGUGCAGAUUUUCCCACUGAUUUAUUUGUAUAAAAAUACUCAUCUUUUCAGACUUUUUUGUAAAUCCCCACUUGUGAAAACUGCGGUUUAGCAGUGACCUCAGCAACCCCUCCGUUUUAUUUUUCCCUUCGAAAAAUGUUCUCAGUUUAACUAAGCUACUGAUUUGGAUUUGUUUUAUCUUAUCCUAAAGUCUUUGUUCUUGAAAUGAAAGGUAUUUUGGGGUUAUUUAUUAUGAAAACAACAUGCUCUUAAUGUUGAUUUUACAAUAUGAAGAGAUUAUUUAAAUAAAUUAUUGUUUUCAUUGGAUGUGUGCGCUUUUUCCUUGGUGUCACGACCUGGAAGCUCGAGCCGCUGCCCAGGCGGGGAACUAGGUCAGCCAAGAGUGACAUUUACAUCUAUCGGAGGCUGCGACUUGCGGAGAGGUGCGGCGACGCGAGGACCCGCGCUCUCAGCGCAGGGCCGCAGCGAGAGUUCACGCUCUGCCCGCAUCAGUGUCCCCGCGCGAGGUUCGCCAGCUCUCGGCGCGGUGAGUCACUCAGUGCCCGGUGGCUCCAGCCUCCGCCCGCCCGGCCGCUUCGGCGCCGGCGCCGCAGCCCCGCUCCUGGGAGGUCUCAGCCGCCCCCGCGCCCGAGUUGCUGGCAGGGCAGUACCUUCGAGGCGCCGCGGGGAACAUGCCGAAGCCGGGGUCUCACCCCUACUUUGGACCGUCCCCACUGUUUGCCCUGCAGCCCUUCUGGGACUGGCUGAGCUGAGAACUCAGUGAGUUACCCAGGCCCUCGCGAUACUCUGGAAGGCAGGGCGACCCCGGGCACACAGGGCUGCGCUAGCACACAUGCAAUCACACACGGACUCGCACAGUCACAUCCAUACUAUCACAUACUGAAUCACACUUAACACUCCUACACAGAACACUGACAAAAAUUCAUGUACAUUCGCACGGAGACCGACGCACAGUCCUGUGGAUUCGGCGUUGUUAACACCUCAUGAUCUUGGAGGGGAAACGUCCAUACAUGAUUCAGCUCUGCUUUCCACCUUGGAUCCCACAUAACUAGCGCCCAGCUUUGGAAGUGACCCUAAUUUCUGGCAUUCCCUUCAAGGGCCAGGGGUAGGUGGGUAAUGCAGUC